CGCCGCCGCCGCUGCCGCUGGGCUAACGGGUUGCGAGCUCUGCGUCCGUGCGCCCGCGAUCCGAGGCCUCCCCCGCGCGUGGUUCCUGCUGCAGGACCUGAGACCAUGGCUAUACCAGCACAGGGUGCCAAGUACCGGGGCUCCAUCCAUGACUUCCCAGACUUCGAUCCCAGCCAGGAUGCCGAGGCUCUGUACACAGCCAUGAAGGGCUUCGGAAGUGACAAAGAGGCCAUACUGGAGCUGAUCACCUCCCGCAGCAACAGACAGAGGCAGGAGAUCUGCCAGAGCUACAAGUCCCUCUACGGGAAGGACCUCAUUGCGGACUUGAAGUAUGAGCUCACCGGGAAGUUCGAGAGGCUGAUUGUGGGUCUGAUGCGGCCGCCUGCCUAUUGUGAUGCCAAGGAAAUUAAAGACGCCAUCUCGGGCAUUGGCACCGAUGAGAAGUGUCUCAUUGAGAUCCUGGCCUCCCGGACCAAUGACCAGAUGCACCAACUAGUAGCUGCGUAUAAAGAUGCCUACGAGCGAGACCUUGAGUCAGACAUCAUUGGCGACACCUCCGGCCACUUCCAGAAGAUGCUUGUGGUCCUGCUUCAGGGAACCCGGGAGAACGACGAUGUCGUGAGCGAGGACCUGGUCCAACAGGAUACCCAGGAUCUGUAUGAAGCAGGGGAACUGAAGUGGGGCACGGAUGAGGCCCAGUUCAUUUACAUCCUGGGAAAUCGCAGCAAGCAGCACCUGCGGUUGGUGUUUGAUGAGUAUCUGAAGACCACGGGGAAGCCCAUUGAGGCCAGCAUCCGAGGGGAGCUGUCCGGGGACUUUGAGAAGCUAAUGCUGGCUGUGGUGAAGUGUAUCCGCAGCACGCCAGAGUAUUUCGCCGAAAGGCUCUUCAAGGCCAUGAAGGGUCUGGGCACUCGGGACAACACCUUGAUUCGCAUCAUGGUCUCCCGGAGCGAGCUUGACAUGCUCGACAUUCGGGAGAUCUUCCGGACCAAGUAUGAGAAGUCACUGUACAGCAUGAUUAAGAAUGACACGUCUGGCGAGUAUAAGAAGGCUCUGCUGAAGCUGUGUGGGGGAGAUGAUGAUGCUGCUGGCCAGUUCUUCCCGGAGGCAGCGCAGGUGGCCUAUCAGAUGUGGGAACUUAGUGCAGUGGCCCGAGUCGAGAUGAAGGGAACUGUGCAUCCAGCCAAUGAUUUCAACCCUGACGCAGAUGCCAAGGCCCUGCGGAAAGCCAUGAAGGGACUCGGAACUGAUGAAGACACCAUCAUCGACAUCAUCACGCACCGCAGCAAUGCCCAGAGGCAGCAGAUCCGGCAGACCUUCAAGUCUCACUUUGGCCGGGACUUAAUGGCCGACCUGAAGUCCGAGAUCUCUGGAGACCUGGCAAGGCUAAUUCUGGGGCUCAUGCUGCCACCAGCCCAUUACGAUGCCAAACAACUGAAGAAGGCUAUAGAGGGAGCUGGUACCGAUGAAAAGACACUUAUUGAAAUCCUGGCCACCCGGACCAACGCCGAGAUCCGGGCCAUCAAUGAGGCCUAUAAGGAGGACUACCACAGAUCCCUGGAGGAUGACCUGAGCUCAGACACAUCUGGCCACUUCAGACGGAUCCUCAUUUCUCUGGCCACGGGAAAUCGUGAGGAGGGAGGAGAAGACAGGGACCUGGCCCGGGAGGAUGCCAAAGUGGCCGCUGAGAUCUUGGAAAUAGCAGACACUCCCAGUGGAGACAAAACGUCCUUGGAGACUCGGUUCAUGACGAUCCUGUGCACCCGUAGCUACCCCCACCUUCGCAGAGUCUUCCAAGAGUUCAUCAAGAUGACCAACUACGAUGUGGAGCAUGUCAUCAAGAAGGAGAUGUCCGGCGACGUCAAGGAUGCAUUUGUGGCCAUUGUUCAGAGCGUCAAGAACAAGCCUCUCUUCUUUGCUGACAAGCUGUACAAAUCCAUGAAGGGUGCUGGCACGGACGAGAAGAGCCUCACCAGAGCCAUGAUCUCCCGGAGUGAGAUCGACCUGCUCAACAUCCGGCGAGAAUUCAUUGAGAAAUACGACAAGUCUCUGCACCAAGCCAUUGAGGGUGACACCUCUGGAGACUUCCAGAAGGCCUUGCUGGCUCUCUGCGGUGGCGAGGACUAGGGCCACCAACCUUGGUGGCCCCUCUGCCCAGUCAUGUGACCAAGCCAUUACUACAGCUCCAGCAACUAAGGAAGGGGGUGGGAGAGCCGUGAGGUUGAGCUGCCAUCAUCAGCAGAGCCUUACGGAUGGCUCCUCCGCCCUCCUGCCAUUCAGGACCGAGCUGAUCCCUCCUCCCCAUGGCUGAGCGGCUGGAGAACCGCAGCCAUAGAUCUCGUCCACCUCUGAUCCCCUUCUGCCACACCCUUCCUCCUCCUCCUCGGGCCUCCCUGGCUUCUGUCCCUCACCAUGACCCCUGCCCCAUUUGAGCUUUGUCAACUCCCCAAAAUGUACCGAUCCUCUGUCUGUAAAGUGA